CUUCGAAUCAUUUCAUCAUCUCUUCUAUCAGUUCUCUCGUAAGCAGCACAAACAGGAAAAGAUGUCGCCCGGUAACGGAAACGCUAACGGUGACGGAGGAUUUAGCUUCCCAAAAGGACCAGCGAUACCGAAGAUAACGACGGGAGCUAAAAGGGAUAACAAAAUAUGCAACGACGACAGUGGUCCGACUGUGAAGGCGACGACGCUCGAUGAGCUUCACUCUUUACAGAAGAAGCGUUCUGCUCCCACCACUCCUAUUAACCAAAGCGGCGCUGCCUUCUCCGAGGAGGAGCGUCAAAAGAUUCAGCUUCAGUCUAUCAGUGCAUCGUUGGCGUCGCUGACGAGAGAAUCAGGACCCAAAGUGGUGAGAGGAGACCCGGCGGAGAAGAAAGCCGACGGCUCCACUACUCCGGCGUACGCACACGGCCAGCAUCCUUCCAUCUUUUCUCCGGCGUUGGGAGCCGUCAGUGAUAGCUCCUUGAAGUUCACCCACGUUCUCUACAACCUUUCUCCUGCAGAGCUCUACGAGCAAGCUAUCAAGUACGAGAAAGGUUCGUUCAUCACCUCCAAUGGAGCCUUGGCUACGCUUUCCGGUGCCAAAACUGGUCGUGCUCCGAGGGAUAAGCGUGUCGUUAGAGAUGCGACUACAGAAGACGAGCUUUGGUGGGGAAAGGGUUCGCCAAACAUCGAGAUGGAUGAACAUACCUUCACGGUGAACAGAGAAAGAGCCGUUGAUUACUUGAACUCCUUGGAGAAGGUGUUUGUGAAUGAUCAGUUCUUGAACUGGGACCCGGAGAACAGAAUCAAAGUCAGGAUUGUCUCAGCUAGAGCUUACCAUUCUCUCUUUAUGCACAACAUUGUAUCCGGCCAACACCGGAGGAGCUUGAGAGCUUCGGUGCUCCAGACUUCACCAAACACACCAUGGACCGGGAAGACGACGCUGUCUACUGAUCACAACAGGUAUCUGAUUGGAGAUGAUGAGCAUUGCUGGACAGAGACUGGUGUUUCGAACAUUGAGGGUGGAUGCUAUGCCAAGUGCGUUGAUCUUUCAAGGGAGAAGGAGCCUGAUAUCUGGAACGCCAUCAAGUUUGGAACAGUUCUUGAAAAUGUUGUGUUUGAUGAACAUACUAGAGAAGUGGAUUACUCUGAUAAAUCCGUUACAGAGAACACACGUGCUGCAUACCCGAUUGAGUUCAUACCAAACCCGAAAAUGCCUUGCGUUGGUCCACACCCGAAGAACGUGAUACUUCUGGCAUGUGAUGCCUUUGGUGUUCUCCCGCCUGUGAGCAAGCUGAACCUGGCGCAAACCAUGUACCACUUCAUUAGUGGUUACACUGCUCUGGUUGCUGGAACAGAGGACGGGAUCAAGGAGCCAACAGCGACGUUCUCAGCAUGCUUCGGUGCAGCAGCUUUCAUAAUGCUGCAUCCUACAAAAUAUGCAGCUAUGUUAGCCGAGAAGAUGAAGACGCAAGGUGCUACUGGAUGGCUCGUUAACACUGGCUGGUCUGGUGGCAGCUACGGUGUUGGAAACAGGAUCAAGCUUGCAUAUACUAGGAAGAUCAUCGAUGCAAUCCAUUCGGGGAGCUUGUUGAAUGCCAACUACAAGAAAACCGAUAUCUUUGGGUUUGAAAUCCCAACUGAGAUUGAAGGGAUACCUUCAGAGAUCUUGGAUCCUGUAAACUCGUGGUCUGAUAAGAAAGCACAUAAGGAAACUCUGUUGAAGCCGGGAGGUUUGUUUAAGAAGAACUUUGAGACGUUUGCUAAUCAUAAGAUUGGUGUGGAUGGUAAGCUUACCGAGGAGAUUCUCGCUGCUGGUCCCAUCUUUUAGAGAAGACUAUGAUGAUGUCGAAAGAGAAAAACAAUUAUGAAAUAAAUAAGACUUGUGUUCUUGUCGUGUAAGAAAUAUAUUCAUAUGAAGUGGUCUCUCAAGCAAAAGGAACUUCCAUAACGUGUUGGUUAUGACUUAUGAACCAUAUAUGUAAUUUGCUUCAUCUAUUGUUGUUUAUUGAAGUUGGACUUUUGUCA